AUGUCAGAAAAUCCAAUAUCUUUUACAAAAGAUGAUUUUAAUUCUAUAGUAAAAGAACUUGAGAAUUCAAUGCAACGAACAAAAUUACUUGCAUCUCAAGCUCAUCAUAUCAACACAUUACAAACAAAACAAAUAGAACAAUGUCAAACAACAAUGGAUAAAUCAAGUAAACAUCUUAAAGAUGUUGAACAUGAAAUCGAUGAAUUACAAAGAAGUUUUUGUAUUCGUUUAUGUUGUCCAUCAAAAACAAAAAAAUCUAAAUCAAGAAAUUCAUCAUUAAAUAAAAUUCAAAAAAAUAAAUCUAAUGAAAAUUUAGUUCAUAUCGAACAAGAUCCAAUCUAUUCAAAUGAGCAAUUUCAAAAUUUUGAUGAAAAUUUACAACAUUUACAAUAUUUUAAUACUUUAAUUGAUAAUGAAAUUCAAGAUCAAAUUCAAACAUUAAAUGAUCUUCACAAUAACGUCGAUACUGAUGCAUAUAAAUUAACAAAAGCUAAUUUUAAAAGCAAACGUUUAUUGUAA